CUCUGACCCAAAGAAGCUGGGGGUGGGCCAGUUUGUACGCAGUAAACCGACGCCUUUUUGACGCUACUACAUACGAACGUCUCGGAACUGCUCAGUUGUGUUGUUGAACAACUAACUAUAACCCCCCCUACCGUUCCUGGACCAGUUCUUGGGAGCCACCACUAGGUGUCCGCACCAACUGCGGGCAAACCCUGCGGGUGUCAACCGCAACGGUGCCGGCUGUAACGAACGGGUUAAUGUAAUCCGUAUUUGGGAGUGGGCGGAGAUUCCAGCUGGGACGCAAACCGGACGAACCGAGAACACAAGCAACUCAAAUCUGGGAGAGAAAAUCACUGCUGGAGUUGUGUAUGUUUAUUUGUUUAUCUGUCGGCCCUUUUUGUUUCCUCUUUUUCUUCACGUCUGAACACACUGUAACGGAAUCGGAGUGAGGAAGGCCGUGAAAUCAAUGGAGAAGUUGAGGAGUUGCUGUCAGCUAUGGGUGAAGAAGUAGACAAGACGUGGAAGGCAGUAGAGGCGUCCAACCAGAGACACUCGACGGACCGGAGUUCAAACAGCAGACCAGCAGGACUGUGUGGAGCUCUCUGUGCCUGCACAUUUUAACAAUGGAAACCCGUCUGCUUUCACCCAGAUCCUCCAUUGUGAGCAGAAUUUAAGCGCUUCGGUGGAGCUGAGAUGGUCUAAGCGCGCUUUACUCUUUUGGUUUGCACCAAUAGCCAGGACUACAUUCAAUGAGAGGUCUGGUGGUAAAGUAGUACAUCUGUGUCAGCUGCGAACUGAGCUACAGAUCUGGUAUUUCACAAAAGCGUUGAGGCGCACCAUGUGGAACCCGAGGACGUGGAUGUGGCGAGCGGCUCUGUGCUGCGUGCUUCUGCAAACAUUUCUGCACAGUGCCAGAGGUCUCAACAUGUGUAUGAGUGGCAGUGCUACGUCCUGUGAAGAAUGCCUCCUGAUUCACCCCAGUUGCGCCUGGUGCGCACAAGAGGAUUUUGGCAGGGGACGGACUCUGACAUCAAGAUGCGAUUUUAUUCAAAACUUAGAGAAGAGGGGCUGUGGGGCACAGUUCAUUGAAUACCCCAAAAGCAGCAUAUCCGUCCUGCAGAACAUUCCCCUGAGUUCGAAAGGGUCCGGCUUGACCCAGUACGAUGUCGUCCAGAUCAUGCCUCAGAAGAUCUCUCUCAGCCUGAGGCCUGGAGACCAGACGUGGUUUGGCCUGCAGGUACGGCAGGUGGAGGACUACCCGGUGGAUCUCUACUACCUGAUGGACCUCUCUCUUUCCAUGAAAGAUGAUCUGGACACCAUCCGUAACUUGGGUACAAAGCUGGCCCUGGAGAUGGGCAAGCUCACCAGCAACUUCAGACUGGGCUUUGGUUCCUUUGUGGACAAAAACAUGUCCCCCUUCUCAUACACAGCUCCAAAGUAUCAGGAGAAUCCGUGCAAUGGAUACAAACUGUUCCCCAACUGCGUCCCUACCUUCGGUUUCCGCCACAUCCUCCCGCUGACAGACAAAGUGGACCGUUUUAAUGAAGAAGUGCAGAAGCAGAUGGUAUCUCGCAACCGGGACGCACCGGAGGGGGGAUUUGACGCCAUCCUGCAGGCUGCUGUUUGUAAGAAGGAGAUAGGUUGGAGAAAGGAGGCCUACCACCUGCUGGUGUUCGCCACAGAUGAUGUGCCUCACCUUGCUCUGGACGGCAGGCUGGGAGGCCUCGUCCAGCCCCACGAUGGACAGUGUCACCUUAAUGACCAGAAUGAGUACAGCGCUUCCACACAGAUGGACUAUCCUUCUCUGGCUCUUCUGGGGGAGAAACUGGCAGAAAAUAACAUCUUUCUCAUCUUCGCUGUGACAAAACGGCUGUAUGUUAUUUAUAAGAAUUUCACUGCACUCAUUCCUGGGACAACAGUGGAAAUCCUGGACCUGGACUCUAAGAAUGUAAUUCAGCUGAUCAUCACAGCCUACAAUAACAUCCGAUCUAAAGUGGAGCUUUCAGUGUGGGAUCACCCAGAGGACAUCAGUCUUUCCUUCACUGCCACCUGUCAGGAUGGAAAUCCGCUGCCGGGCCUCAGGAAGUGUGCCGACUUGAAGAUAGGCGACACUGUGUCGUUCAAUGUGAGCGUUGAGGCAAGGGGCUGCCCUCCCCACGGCACCAACCAGAGCUUCACCAUCAAGCCUGUGGGCUUCAAAGACCGCCUGGAGGUGACAGUGGAUUAUCAGUGUGACUGCGGCUGCAGUCGAGCCGCACAAGCCAACAGCAGCAUCUGCAGCUCCAUAGGUACUUAUAACUGUGGGACUUGUCACUGUGAGCCGGGCUACCUGGGCGCCCGCUGUGAGUGCCAGGAGGGCGAAGCCAGCAGCAUGUACCUGAGCGCCUGCCGAGAAGCCGAGGGCAAGCAGGUCUGCAGCGGGCGAGGAGAGUGCAUCUGCAACCAGUGUCUGUGCUACGAGUCUGAAUUCGGCAAGAUUUACGGCAGCUUCUGCGAGUGUGACGACUUCUCCUGCGCCCGACACAAAGGCAUCCUCUGCUCAGGUCAUGGAGAAUGUCACUGUGGGGAGUGUAAAUGCCACGCUGGUUACAUCGGCGACAACUGUAACUGCUCCACAGAGACGUCGUCCUGCAUUUCAGAUGACGGACAGAUGUGCAGCGGCCGAGGCAGCUGUGUGUGUGGCCGCUGUCAGUGCACUGAGCCAGGGGCCUUCGGGGAUACCUGCGAGAAAUGCCCCACCUGCCCUGAUGCCUGUGGCACUAAAAGGGAGUGUAUCGAGUGCCGGCUUUUCAACUCAGGAAGGCUUGCUGACAACCAGACUUGCCAGCGCCUGUGCAAGGAUGAAAUCAUCACUGUGGAGACCCUCAAAACUGAAGACUCUGGCGCUGUGCUUUGUCUCUAUAAGACAGACAACGACUGUGUCAUGAAGUUUACGUAUUCUGAGCAUGCCAGCGGACAGUCCGUCCUCACAGCUCUAAAGGAGCCAGAGUGUGGUAGUGGGCCAGAUGCUCUGAUGGUGCUGCUCGCCGUGGUCGGCAGCAUCCUGCUGGUGGGAGUGGUGCUGCUUGCUGCCUGGAAGUUAGUCAUCACCGUUCAUGACCGGCGAGAGUUCGCGCGCUUCCAGAGUGCACGUUCACGGGCCAGAUAUGAGAUGGCCUCCAACCCUCUGUAUAAGCAGCCUGUCUCGACGCAUUUUGUGGAAACAGAUUUCAACAUGUAUGGGAAGUCUUAUAAUGGAGGGGUCCACUGAUCGCUCAGCACAGGGCGCGGCAGGACCGGUCCAACAAACAGAUCCCCGGAGGACGGGGGCCGCGGUGGACUGAACCCCACUCAUCCCUCUGGCCGGUUCACAACAGAAAUGAAGUGAACUAGACUGUCUCAGAGGGGUAAUCUGUGGCCUUUUUAUCUUUACGGAGGAGAUUCAAGCCUGCCACUGAAAUGUGAUGUGACCUUUUUCUUUCCUUCAUCUGUGAGUGUUUCACUGACAGCAGUGGCGGUCGUGGAAGAGCAAUGAAGAAUGGACUCCUUGGUCUUGAUUAGUGAGAGCGACAAAAAGAGAGUGGAGUUAGUGGUGAGUUUGUCUGCAGUUAAACAACUUAAACUCUCUGGUGAAAACCAGAACUCCCACCACACAGUCAUUCUUUGUACAGAGCAGGCAGGACAUUGGCUUAUAUUUGUAUAUUUUUAUAAACACUAAAAUGCCUUUUUUUUUAGUAUGAACUAUGCACACAGCAGAACUUUAAACAAUUAAAAUAUCACUCAAUUUCAAAUUCGCCAGAUUAUUGAAAAGCACAUAUUUCUGAAGGUGGCUACGAUGGUGUUUUCAUACUACUAACAUUUACUAAGCAAUAGACUUCAUACUUUUGUACCAGUUUGCACAGAGAAUAUUAAGAAUCAAGUCUUGUAAAGAUUUAAAUUUUCUUUUAUGUUGUGUGUGUACUCCAUUGUAUGCUUCAAUUGCACCCUCCUCUCUAUCUGAACUGCAAGGUACCAGCUAACCCCUUAGCCUCUGAACUACAGAGGAUGAAGCCGGUGUUACACUAUAUAAUCUUUUUGUCAACAAAUGCCACGAAAAGACCAAAACCAACAAUGUAGUCGUUUCUCAAGUGAGCCAGGUACUGUUUCAGUGGUGGAUUAAAGCACAUUUAGAGAUCUAGCAAGCAUUUAUUAGCCUGGCAUCACUCAUUUCAUUCACAUUGACACAACUGGAUGGACCUACGACCACUCAGUGCGAUGAAGUCCUUGACAGUGUUGUGCGACAGAAAAAAAAAAAAAUAACAGACUGCAGUGUGCAGAGACUAAAUGACUAAAUGGCUAAAUGAACUAUUGUGUAUGUAAUGUAACUAUUUUGAUAGUUGAUUGAUCAUUAAAUUAAAUCAUCUUUUUACUUUUGCUCAGAAACAUCAGGCGUUCUCUGGUUGCAGGAUUUUCUGCUGUCAUUGUCAGUUGUAUAUAUUGGAACUGGAAUAUUAUCUGGACUAUUGGGUCACACGAAACAAUCAAUUUGAAGAUGCCAACUUUAGGAUUUAGCAUUAGAAAACUGUGACAGGCAUUUGUUUUGUUUUCUGACAUUUGUUAAAGAAAUUAAUUAAUAAAAAUGAUAGGUAGAAAUAAUGGAACGAACAUGGCCAAUGGCUCAUUUAUGUGUGGCACAGAGGACUCAGAUGCAUUAAGUCCACUGUUGGCCGUGGUCUUUUGGUUAGAUUUGUUGACUGGGAAAAAAAAGAGAUACCACCAGUCUCUGAACCCUUAACACCUCGCAGUCAGAGAAGGCUUUGCAUGAUAAAUACUGUACAUCCACCACUGUGAUAACUGCCUUAAAGCAAUUCCCUACAUCUCUUACACUCAUGAUAGGCUGAGACGCAGAGUCGAUCGUGCAGUUCAUGUAGAUUAGGCUGUGAAGUAUGACCGGCUGUCUCUGUGGCUACCCUGUCUGCACUGAGAGUGGGUGGAAACCAGAGGGAUAGUGUCAGAAGUCAUACAUCUACCAUCACUGUUCCCACAGGAAGAGGUGGAGUGUGAACUGUCACAGUGGGGAAAAGCUAGUUGGGUUGAGCCUUGAGUUGAGACAAAGAAGGGUGCUCUGUGGCCUUGUUUCUGAUGGUUGUACAGUAAAUGUGUCAGGGACUUACAGCUUAUGUGUGUAAGAGUGUGUUUGAGUGAAAAGAGUGUAUGUAAAUGACAUUAUGUGGGUAUGUAUGUACAAAGAGUGCCAAAUGAAAUGAAAAUGUUUUGACUUGGCUUGGCUCUGUGUCUUGGCACAGUUUACUAAAACCCACCCACACAUUUUUCAGUUCAAACAUAAAUCUUUAGUCUGAAGUUGUAUUUCCUGGAGGAACAGUCACACCACUACAUGUUUAUGUAAUACUGCACACAGAUCAACAACAAUAAAUGUGCUUAUGUCAAAAGCCGG